GUGUAUGGCUCGAUGAGGAUCCCACAGCAGUACGCUUUAGCUCGUAUAGCAGUUCCGUCGAAUUUCCUAUGCUCUUCUUAAACUGUGUGCUCAAUCUCGGCGGUAUUCUCUCCUUCGUCGUCGCAGCGCCGAGCGUCACCAAACUAGCCGACGGAGAUGUCGCAGAGCUCGUUGUAUUCCGCGCCUACUCGGACUUCCGGUAUCCUGGCGGGAAGUUCUGGCUCGAGAUCCAAUAUCAAGAUGAUCAGAUAUCCAUCGAGUUCUGUCGAGUCUUCCAGGACAUGCUGUUCAUCCAGGAACAAAUAUCAAACAAUGUCGACUUUGUCGAUAUAACUCCUCAAGAGAUGUACAACUACCUCGAAGACUGCAACCGAACGUCGAGUCAUCUCGAUCACCAUGAUAGUUUCCUGAGAAGAUUUUACGCCAUGUUCACCGGUGAUAUUUUGUAUUUCGCGGUCGUGCCGGGAACAAAGUGGUGCGGAGCGGGAACAUCAGCUCGUCACUACGAGGAUCUCGGGGAAAACUGGCCUGUUGAUAUGUGCUGUAGGACCCAUGAUCACUCCUUGCCUGGCGAAUACAUCCUGGCCAAUUCAACGAGCUCAGAGUUUAACAUCACCAAUACCGAGGUGUAUACCAUGACUCGUUGCGACAAGGAUCUCGAACUCAGGAAAUGUCUUGAGAAAGAGACGUCGCUCGCAGCAAGGAUCACCGAGAGCAUCUACUUCAACAUUUUGGGCGCGAAAUGCUUCCAACGUACAAAGCCGGCUCGCUGUGCCCAGUUCCGGAGUUCUUUUGGACGACAACGGUGCACCAAGUAUGAGCUCGAUGACGACGGACCACUCAGCUGGCAAAUCUUCGACCCCGACUGGCUCCUGCAAUAA